UUGGAGAGAGAGCGGGUGCGAGGGGGACGGAGCGAUUGGUGCGAGAGGGACGGACGACCAGAAGCGCCGCUCGACGUCAAAAUACGUGCUGGGUUCGUUUUAUUGCCCUGUGAUAGUGUACAUACUAUCGAUGUAUAUCCCAACCCUACCCUGAGCGCGGCAUCAUCAAAGAAGCCCACCUCUUUGAUGUGGCCGCUGGCGCGCGCUAUAACGCCUGCUGAUGACGUCAUCACAGAUCCGUUAGACGCCGUGGGAAAUGCAAUUCUGAUAUCGGCAUUAUACCGAACUAUUGGCGCUCGGAAAUCUGACGUUUAA